GAAGCUUAAAAUGACCUGAAAACCCUUAAACAUUUAUUAUUCGUUUGAAAAAAUGGCCAGCGUCCUCAAAAAUAAAGACGAAGUUGGGAAUAUUUUAGUAAAGGUCCAGGAUGAUUUAAGACAGCUAAAAAAGAAUAUUGUUCAAUUUACUGUGCAAGAAAAUGGAGAAAUUUUGGAUAUUCAAGCUCUGGAUGCAGCCAUCAUCAGGACAGAAAAUGGAAUAAGGAGACACGCAGAGGAUUAUCUGAAAACCAUCAAUAACCAGGUUUUGACUCUACCUUCUAUUGAAGAGCCUGAAAAGAAGACUGCUCAUCCGAAACUUGUUACGUGGCAACCACCAUACGAAGCAUUACCAAUUGCACAUCCACAUAGAAGCCCGAUUCCAGGUCCAUCUCCAGGGGAAAAGCACAAGACAGCAUUUAUCAUGCGUCUGCUACAUAACCCUUUUCAUCCAAGGAACAAGGAGAUUUUCCAACAAAAUUAUGGGAUUCAGCUUCCUCACCUGCAAAAGAGAACUAGUAUUGGGAUUCAAAGAGUGGUCACUGGCUCCAAUUUGGGGAAUUUUGCCAUUGCACAUCUACAACCCAAACCACCACCUGAAUGCCAAGAUGCAGUUGCAGAGCUGCAGCCCUCCGCAGCCGACCUCUCUUCAGUUCAAACCCCAGUACAGCCCAAAGCUGUCCAUGUGCUCCAGAGAGAGGACAGUGGCCAAAAUGAGUCAAAAAAGGUUUAUAAGCAGGAGAUGGAUGUGAGAAGAGAUGGAAUGGCUCUUAGAAGAUCAGCAAUGGAGAGUGCAGAAUCCAGACUCCUUCGCGCUCCUCCACCUUCAGCUGCUUCUGCUAGCUCUGACAACAGAGUACUGACUCGAGGUUUAGCCAGACUCAGCCCAAUUAACCCACAGAGUCUUCCAGUGCCAGCUGUUGUCAGCAAAUAUCCUUUCACCAUAGUUGAUGGUCAGAUUGACCCGGAUGCUGCUGACUUCUGUCGGUAUAAAAAGCAGUAUUGUCUGUACUGGGGUGCGAUGGUAGAAGCUCUUGAGCGGCUGCAGAGGAUGCUGUUGGACUUUGCUGUGCCACUGGCGCGGGUGUGCGGGGAGAGGCUGGCAGCUUGCGUGCAGAGUGGUGAGCUCAACUGGAGAGACGGCAGGGGCCGGUGCACCCAUGUGGAGAAGCUGCUGUCGGUGCUGGAGAACAGGGAUGAGGUAUGGGACCUGAUGUGUCAGCCCGGCCAGCGCUACAAAGGCAACGGGGGGCAUCAGGCAGCGGCUGUGCGCAUCCAGACCUGCUGGAGGCGUUACUCUGCCCGUACCGCCUACCUGAUCCGGCUUAGGUCCAAAUGGGCGGCAGAAAUUAUUGCCAUGUCUCUGCUGAAACGUGCCAAACUGUGCCAUUUGAAGAAGAGUCUGCAGGCCUCACGUCUUCGGCAGCUGGAAAACUUCCACAGCAGGGCAGAGAGUCUGGCAACCAACUGGAAACACAUCACCUCCGCCAAAAGGACUAUCAUCCAUGUCCCAUCACUGGGAUAUUCCCAGCCUCGACGACUCAGUCUCAGAGGAUUUGAUGUGCUGCAGAAUACCCAGAUGGGCCGACUGUGUGACAUCAGAGAUGAGAAUGUGGAGGUCAUCUAUGUGUCUCCGGUGCGCCUGGGAGAGGAUGUUCUCCAGUAUUACACUCGUCUGUUGGGCCUGCAGACCGCCAUUGAACUGGGUGAUGCUUCUGCAACUGAGUCACACUCUGCCAAACGCUUUACCAUCCUCAUGCCAGAAGCACUGGAGGACUUUUCAACCCGAAACUUAUGUCUAGCUUCGCUCCUGAAAUACAGUCCACGAACUCUAAAGCGCAUCAAGAAUUUGAUCAAGGGAAAACAGGCCUACAUGAUCAGCGGUGUUACCCACACUGAUGACCUGGCUGUGGCAGAUGAGCUACAAAUUCCUCUUCUGGGCACAGACCCUGUGGUAACCCAGCUCUACUCCACUAAAUCUGGAGGGAAAAGAAUCUUCAGUAGUGCAGGAGUCGACAUGCCUCCAGGAAAGUGGGAUAUAUACACCUUGGAAAAGCUCUAUGAAGGUCUAGCUCAGCUGAUGGCAAAGCACAUGGAAGUCCAGCGAUGGCUUUUUAAGAUAGACAGUGAAGUGGGUGGACGGGGAACUGCUUAUGUUGAUGUCUGCCAUCUGAAAAGUCGCCCAUGGGCACAACAGGAGUUUAUCCGCCAUGAGCCUCAACAAUGGAGAACAUCACAGUCUCAGGAGUCUGUGAUGAUCAAGUUUUUAGAGGAAGUUCCUCAUCUUUUGGCAUCUUACGCCAGGCUGGCAAACACAUCCUGCUACAAAACAUGGGCCUGCUUCUUUGAACACUUCCUCAAAGAAGGAGGAGUGAUAGAAGCCUUUCCUCCUUCACAGAGUUUGACGUGUCUGACGGUGGAUCUUCUGUUGGAGCCGGGCGGAGAUGUGCUCAUGCUGUCCUGUGGAGAUCAGCUGCGUGGGCCCAGUGGCUUGGAGGUGUUGGGCUGCACUGUACCACAGACCUCCAUCUGCCCUGAAGUCCUGCACUCCGUCUGCACUCGUGUGGGUCAGGCCUGUCAGCAGCGCUCCAUCAUGGGCCACAUCUCUUUAGAUCUGGUCACUUUCCUGGAUCCCAACAACCUGGAGCAGCAGGUUUGGGCUAUUGAUCUUGACCUGGGCUACAGUAACCAGUUGGCCAUGACCCAGCUGAUGCUCAUGAUGACGAGGGGGACGCUGGACUGCCGCACCAGUAAACUGGAGGUUCCUCCUUCAGAAACCUCAGUGACCAGUCGAUUUGCAGUGAUGUGCACCCGGCUUCUUCACACCAAUCUGCCUUUAGUAUACUAUAGCACGUUUUUCCUGAUGUGCAAAGCGCAGGGCAUAGGCUAUGAUGUCAAGGCAAGGCAAGGCACUGUGUUUGCCCUCCAUGACAGCAGAUACAGAAGAAGUCUCGGCAUGCUAACAAUCUCGGAGAAUCUCCAGGGAGCGUUGCUGACCUUUGCUCGCAACCUGUCAAUCAUUCAUCAGGAAAUAUCAGCUCCAAAUAUGCAGGGGGCAAGCAAUUUUAAGGAGCUUAUCAAGGACAUUGAAGAGGUCUUGGGCAUGACCAUACAAAGUCAAACCGCAUCUCAAGAAGAAAAGGAGAUUACUGGAGUCGGAAGCGAUUGGUUAUCAACUCAUAAACUACAUCAACACAAAAUGAGUCAACGUACAAAGCCAAUCCUACAAUAG